AUGCCGUUUGCCCCAAUCUGUGAUAGCUGGACUGGAGCUCUUGUGCCACUGUUUGCCCUCAGGUACUUGGACCACGUGUAUGUGAUGGCCUACGACUACUAUGGCUCUUGGUCGCUCACACUGGGACAUCAGAGUCCUCUGUACGUGAGAGACGAAGACCGACACGACCCCACGGAAUCUCUGCUUUCUCAGAAUGCUUCCAUGACCUGGUGGCACGAGCUGGGUGUACCCAAGAAUAAACUGGUGAUGGGAGCUGCCACCUACGGGCGGACCUUCCGGAUGUCGGCUGCUGACCAGUGGCAUGUUGGAGACCAGUCUCUUGGAGGUGGCGAUGUGGGACCAUACAGUGCUACACCGGGAUUCCUGGCGUACUAUGAGAUUUGUGACAUGAUCAUGAGCGGCACCUUGAACAGAGUGUGGAUGGACGAUUCCAGAGUACCUUUUGCCUACGGUCAACGCAACUCGCACUGGGAAUGGCUUGCCUACGACGAUGUACAGAGCAUGACUGAGAAGGCUGCGUACAUCGUAGCUGAAGGUUUGGCCGGUGCCAUGUUCUGGACUGUGGACUUUGACGACUUUGCAGACCAAGUGUGUGGGGAAGGUCCCUACCCUCUGAUCCAAGCUAUGAAGGCGGGCCUGUGGAGUCCUGGAAGUCAGCCGCUGACCUUGAGCCCAGCUAACGCGAGCUUGCCAUCUCCUCAAUCACCCACAUGGUCGCCAUCUUCUACGUCCAGUAGCACGGACAUCAUGAGUGGCGGGCACAGCUCAACGGCCACCCCGGGUGUCCAUCAUAAUGAAAGCCAUCACGUGAUCGCCUGCUACUUUACCAACUGGGCCCAAUACAGACCUGGUUUAGGCCUCUACUCAGUGGCUAACAUUGACCCCUACCUUUGUACGGACAUUGUGUACGCUUUUGCCUACAUCGACACAGCCAGUCUGACCCUGACAACCGUAGAGUGGAAUGAUGCAGAUCUGUACGCACAAGUAAUGGCUCUGAAGUCUGUGAACCCCGAGCUGAAAGUGCACCUUGCAGUGGGAGGUUAUUCCAUGGGAACCUGGCCAUUUGAAAGCAUCACAGCCUCAAUGAGCAGCAUGGAGACGUUUGCUGGGAACGCCGCCUCUUUUCUACGUACUCAUGGCUUUGACGGCCUGGAUUUGGAUUGGGAGUUUCCAGGCGCUUCCUUCAGAAGCCAGUUUUCCCAGCUGUGUGAAGCUCUGUUCCAGCACUUUAGUGUAGAAGCUCAGGCAUCUGGCAAGCCCCGCCUGCUCUUGACCGCUGCUGUGUCCGGUUACAAGACAGAGAUAGAGGCAUCAUAUGAGCCACAGAUCAUUCAACACUGGACUGGAGCUCUUGUGCCACUGUUUGCCCUCAGGUACUUGGACCACGUGUAUGUGAUGGCCUACGACUACUAUGGCUCUUGGUCGCUCACACUGGGACAUCAGAGUCCUCUGUACGUGAGAGACGAAGACCGACACGACCCCACGGAAUCUCUGCUUUCUCAGAAUGCUUCCAUGACCUGGUGGCACGAGCUUGGUGUACCCAAGAAUAAACUGGUGAUGGGAGCUGCCACCUACGGGCGGACCUUCCGGAUGUCGGCUGCUGACCAGUGGCAUGUUGGAAACCAGUCUCUUGGAGGUGGCGAUGUGGGACCAUACAGUGCUACACCGGGAUUCCUGGCGUACUAUGAGAUUUGUGACAUGAUCAUGAGCGGCACCUUGAACAGAGUGUGGAUGGACGAUUCCAGAGUACCUUUUGCCUACGGUCAACGCAACUCGCACUGGGAAUGGCUUGCCUACGACGAUGUACAGAGCAUGACUGAGAAGGUAAGCUCCGCCUGACUCAGAACUAUACGUGCAGUAGGUUACGUACGUACCGACUUUCACACACAAACACAGUC